AUGUAUGCUCUCAAUUCCUCUAAAAUUGAGAUCACCACCUUCUUCCUGAUUGGAAUCCCAGGACUGGAGCAUGUUCAUGUUUGGAUCUCUGUCCCUAUCUGCUUCAUGUACCUGAUGGCUAUCCUUGGCAACUGCACCAUCCUCUUUGUGAUCAGGACAGAGCCAUCACUUCAUGCCCCCAUGUACUAUUUCCUCUCCAUGUUGGCUGUCUCUGACCUGGGCCUCUCUCUCUCAUCCUUCCCCACUAUGCUGAGGAUCUUUGUUUUCAAUGCUACGGGAAUUUCCCCAAAUGCCUGCUUUGCUCAAGAAUUCUUUAUCCAUGGAUUCACAGAUAUGGAGUCCUCAGUGCUCCUGGUCAUGUCUUUUGACCGUUUUUUGGCCAUACGCAAUCCUCUGAGAUACAGCUCUAUCCUCACCAAUGCCAGAGUUGCCAAAAUGGGACUGGUGUUUCUCAUUAAAAGUAUGCUCUUAGUGCUCCCAUUUCCUUUCACCCUCAAAAAAUUGACAUAUUGUAGGAAAAGCCUACUUUCUCACUCUUAUUGUCUGCACCAGGAUGUUAUGAAGCUAGCCUGCUCUGACAACACCAUCAACUUUUUCUAUGGUUUCUUCGUUGCCCUCUGUAUGAUGUCAGACAGUGUGUUCAUUGCUGUGUCCUAUAUAUUUAUCUUGAAGACUGUGAUGGGAAUUGGAUCUCAUAAAGAGCGGCUCAAGGCCCUCAACACCUGUGUCUCCCACAUCUGUGCCGUGCUCAUCUUCUAUGUGCCUAUCAUUGCUUUGGCUUCCAUGCACCGUUUUGGCAAGCACAAGUCCCCAGUGGCCAUGAUCCUCAUUGCUGACAUUUUCUUGUUAGUACCACCUCUAAUGAACCCCAUUGUAUACUGUGUGAAGACACGGCAAAUUCGUGAGAAGGUUUGGGGGAAAUUAGGUCUAAAAUAA